AACUUCCUCUGGUCCAGUCACCGAGAAUCUAAAAUUUGAGCUCACUUGAAGCGAUCACACUGAGUUAUUUAUUUAUUUAUUUUUUUAAAGCUUCUGACUCUUGGCUUCAGCGUUUGGAGCAAAUUCAAGUCUCGUUUUGGAGCCAGUUUUCUCCGAGCUCUCGCGAGAUCGGCGCGCCCUCUGGAAUGGUAUUGUCACGGAAGAUCCUGACUCGGAGUCUGGAGCUCUAAAGGUAUUGCCUACCUCCAGAGCUUGCUUGCCGUAGUGGGUCAGGUCUGGGAUUCUGGCAGUAAUGGACGAGGACUUGGUUCUGGCUCUUCGACUCCAGGAGGAGUGGGACUUGCAGGCCUCGGAGCGCCAGGAGGCGCGGCGGCGAGCGCAGGAACCCUUGUCCCUGGUGGACGCGUCCUGGGAGUUGGUGGACCCCACCCCAGAUUUGCAAGCCUUGUUUGUCCAGUUCAACGAUCAGUUCUUCUGGGGCCAGUUGCAAGCUGUUGAGGUGAAGUGGAGCCCGCGGAUGACCCUGUGUGCUGGAAUAUGCAGUUACGAAGGGAGAGGUGGAAUGUGUUCUAUCCGUCUCAGUGAACCUCUUUUGAAGUUGAGACCAAGAAAGGAUCUUGUAGAGACCCUCUUACAUGAAAUGAUACAUGCCUACUUAUUUGUUACUAAUAAUGAUAAAGACCGGGAAGGACAUGGCCCAGAGUUUUGUAAACACAUGCAUAGAAUCAAUCAUCUGACUGGAGCCAAUAUAACAGUAUAUCAUUCUUUCCAUGAUGAGGUGGAUGAAUACCGGCGACACUGGUGGCGCUGCAAUGGGCCUUGUCAGCACAGAAAACCAUAUUAUGGCUAUGUCAAACGUGCUACCAAUAGGGCACCCUCUGCUCAUGACUAUUGGUGGACUGAGCACCAGAAAACAUGUGGAGGCACUUUCAUAAAAGUCAAAGAACCAGAGAACUAUUCAAAAAAAGGCAAAGGAAAGACAAAGCUAGGAAAGGAUCUGAUAUCAUCAACAGAGAAUAAGGAUAAACCCCAAAGAAGUGAGACACAGCUGUUAAUUCCUUUUAGUGGAAAAGGAUAUGUUUUAGGAAAAACAAGCAACUUACCUUCAUCUGGGAAAUUUAUCACUGAUGCCAUUAAUGAAACUCCGAAUCUUUUAAGACAAGACCAUUCUGUAAAAGCUGUGAGACCUGGUUCAAAAGCUGAGGUGAAAUUUGAAUAUAAUGGUCCAAGUAAAAAUGUUUUAAGCAACUAUUUUCCUAUAGUAUCAGUUGCCAACCAAAAGGCAUUCAAAAAUGUAAAUGGAUCUCCAUUGAAAACCACAACAGUUGAUGACAUCACCAAAACCUCAGUCUCGACUGAUUCUCAAGGAAGGGUUACAUCUUCUAAGAUACCUGUAAGAAAUCCUUUAAAAGCAACGGGAUUGACAUCUGUGACUGCAUCCCCAGCGGUGAGUGGGCAUGAAGAUAAGCGCCCAUGUAAACGAGUCAAGCUAGAAGAUAAGACUGUUUUUGACAGUUUUUUUAUUAAGAGGGAGCAAUUAAAAAAUGCUGGUAAUCAUCCAAUAUGUAGUUCAUAUCCUGUAUCAACAAUUCAGAAUUCUAGUGCUUCAUCCAGCCAGAGCAAAAUGGUUCUUUGCCCUGUUUGUCAGAAUGAAGUUUUGGAGACUCAAAUUAAUGAGCAUUUGGACUGUUGCCUUGAAGCUGAUGUCAUUGAAGUCAAAAGCUGAAAAAAGUUCAAUGAAAAACAAAUGAGUCUGCCUCUUGUACUACCUCACUAACUGCUUUGUUAACCACUAAGAAAAUUCUGGUUAGUACUAACAUUUAUAGGUCAUAAUCUAGUUCAUAUAAAAAUGUUCUGUUUUAUAUAUAUUUAUAUGAGAUUGCUAUUAAAAAUAUUUUAAGAUAUUCAGUCUUGCUAUGUGUGGGUGUACUUUUUAAAAUUAUCCUUGUAAAGGCAUUUAUUACUUUUUUGCUUUUUUAAGUCUUUGUUACUUUUUAUUUGUAUACUUAAAAUAUUCAAUGAGGAAUCCUGUCAGGUUAAAUUGAUACUUUGUUCAUAGUAACUCAUUUUCAGAACCAGUGCUUAUAUUCAUAAUAGUUAUACACAUUGACUAAAACUAUAGUCUAGAAUGAGUAUAUUAGUUGUUUGGGGUACUCAAGGAUUUGGGAAAUUUCUGAAAAAAAAAAUUAAUGUUGACCACAUUUUCUACAUUUUAAUGAAUUUUAUUUAUUUCACUAGAACCUGGAUGAAAAUUUCUUUCAGAAUAUUCCUAGUAACAAAUGCCCCUGGGAUUCUGUAGGUCAAAGCUUAACUGUUUAGUCAGUUUAUCAAAAUGAGUAGUUAAGACUUUGUGCUAAAUAACUAGUAUAUAUGUAACUUAACACAGUCCCAUAUUUGUAUAACCAUGAAGCAUCUAAAAACAGUUAUGAACCUUAAGCCAAAGUUGAAGCCGUUGUAAUGAAAUAAAUACAAUUUGUGCAUUAAAAAAAAAAAAAAGCAUGUUAAGUAGCGUAGGAGGUAUUGAAUCAUAUGAUCCUGUUCAAUUCCUGUCAUCACAUGUACCAUAGUGAUACCCAGGUUCCCUCUCCUCCUAGUCUUUUUUGUUGUUGUUACACAAGCAAGCAAGCUACUUUUAAUCAACUUUUUUGUUCCUAGAGGCUUUACAUCCAGUAUGUUGGCUUAUCCCUCCCUGUCAACAGUUCACAGGGUUUCUUUCUUUUUUUUUUCAUUGUUGUAGUUGUUGUUGUUGUUAUUGAUGUCAUCAUUGUUAGAUAGGACAGAGAGAAAUGGAGAGGGGGAGACAGAAGGGGAGAGAAAGAUAGGCACCUGCAGACCUGCUUCACAGCCUGUGAAGUGACGCACCCCCCACAGGUGGGGAGCCGGGACUCAACCGGGAUCCUUACUCUGGUCCUUGCGCUUCGCGCCACGUGCGCAUCUUAUCCACUGAACUACCGCCCAACUCCGGGGUUUCUUUAUUCUUUUUUUACAGCAUGACUUACAAAAAUAAAGUAUGCAGCAGUUGGGUAAACUUAAUAUCACCUGUUUAAAUACUAUCCAGAUCAAGUUUGAAAACUUUUUCAGGGAGUUGGCGGUAGUGCAGUGGGUUAAGCACACAUGGCGUAAAGCACAAGGACCGGCAUAAGGUUCGAACCAGGUUCGAGCCCCCGGCUCCCCACCUGCAGGGGAGUCGCUUCACAGGCGGUGAAGCAGGUCUGCAGGUGUCUUUCUCUCCCCCUCUCUUGUCUUCCCCUCCUCUCUCUAUUUCUAUCUGUCCUAUCCAAUGACAUCAGUAACAACAAUAAUAAUAACAAUAAAAAACAAGGACAACAAAAGGGAAUAAAUAUUUUUUUUAAAAAGGAAACUUUUUCAGUUAUCAUGACAGGUAUCUUCUCUGUCAGUACCUACCACCUUCAGAAGUAACCAAAAAAAAAAAAAGUAACAAAAAUUAGUUUAUCUUCUUUUUUUGAACUGAACUAUAUAAAGUAGUAUCUUGAUUACUGGAACAGAACCUCAUAUGUUUUCAUUGCUCUGUAAUAUUUGUUAAUAUACCAGUUUACAUACUUGUUCUGAUUAUUAACAUUUGAAUUGUUAUGAAUAAUGCUAAGAAUGCUCUUACUUGUUUUUAUUAAACAUAUACUCUUGAUUACAA